AUUCUUGAAUGAAACAGAAGUAGAAAGCUCAAAGCUUUCCAUUACACUAUAAAUUGGUUUUUGUUUAUAUUUAGCAUUUGUUCGGUAAACUGACGAAGUUCUUACAUUUUAAAUUAAUUUUUUCCAAUCAAUCAGAUCAAGUACAACUGACAACAAUAUCAUUUUUUUAUGCGUAAAUGAAUGCUAUUUCAAAAUUCCUCUUUUCAUAAUAUAGGAAAACAACUGACGAGUUUAAUGAAUAUCUUCUUAUGAAACUUAUGUAAACUAAAACUAAUUUAAGCGUAUAUUAUCAUCAUAUAUUGCAAAGCGUUUUUUUUUAGUCUCUCAUGGUAAAAUGUCCACGGAGGAAGAAACAAAAAAUUUUAGUACUUUAAAGAAGUCUCAUGCAUGCAGUGAGUGUGAUAAAACAUUUGUGUCAAAGAAUCAUUUGAUUAAUCAUUCUCGUGUUCACACUGGAGAGAUGCCCUAUUCUUGUGGCAUGUGUGAUAAAAAAUUUUCACAGCAAUUUAAUCUGCAUAUCCACUUUCGUACUCAUACUGGGGAGAAACCUUAUUCUUGUAAUAUUUGUAAUAAAACAUUUACAACACGAGGUAACUUGAAUCUGCAUUCUCGUGUUCAUACGGGUGAGAAGCCUUAUUCAUGUAGUUUGUGUGAUAAAACGUAUGUCCGCAAAGACCACUUAAUUAAACAUUCUCGUGUGCAUAGCGGAGAGAAGCCCUAUUCAUGCGACGUGUGUGAUAAAACUUUUAUAUCAAAAAGUACUCUUCAUCUGCAUUCUCUCGUUCAUACGGGAGAAAAGCCUCACGCAUGCUGCGUUUGUGGUAAAACUUUUCUGUUGAAGAAGUAUUUAAGCCAGCAUUCGCGUGUUCAUACUGGGGAGAAACCAUUUUUAUGUAGUGUAUGUGAUAAGAAAUUUUCCCAAAAGAGUGCUUUAAAUCUUCAUUUUUCUCGUUUUCAUAGUGGGGGAGAAUCAUAGUAACACUAUUUUAACAAAAUAUGUUUGUUUACUCUGUAACUAUCUGUUUGUAUUUGAAAAUAAAAGCUUUUAGUGGAUA